CCAAUUUUCCUGACGCGACCGCUUCUUCCACUAAUUGCAGUCUUUUCUCAAUGAAAACACGAGCUGCUCUCUGCUGUCUGCUGGCAGCACAGAUACUCACAGACAGCUGGGAAUGGGAGAUUUAUGAUCCUACAGCCGUCCUGGAGGAGAAAUUUAGACGCAUAAUGAUUCAAAAUAAACUAAUGACAUGACAUUUGACUUGUCUGUGCAGCUCUGGACAACUCAAGAAGCUACUAACAGCUGUGCACCAGAAGGUCUGAGGGCUGAUUAAUUAAACCUUUUAUCCACCACCACAGAUAAACAACGUGAGCACCAUUUCCGGGCUCGUCACGUCGGCUAUAGUGGAGCGGGACGUCGGUGUGAGAGGACCGGGCAGCGCAGCGGUGUCGGUUCACAUUCCCGGGCUGCUGGACGACAGCAUGGCUGGGGGAAAAGGAGCUGGCAAGACCGCCUCGAUGUGGGACAGCAUGCGGAUACGGUUCAUCGUCUGCUUCAUCGGAGUCUUCGUGUGUUACUUUUACUACGGGAUAUUACAAGAGACAAUCACUCGAGGUGAUUAUGGCCAGGGAGACCAAAAGGAGAAGUUUAGAUUCGCCCGGACGUUGGUCUUCAUCCAGUGCAUUGUCAGUGCUCUAUUUGCUAAGAUCUUGAUCCAGUUUUUUGAGGGCUCCAAGCCAGAUCACACCAAGAACUGGCUUUAUGGGCUGUGUUCCCUCUCCUAUCUGGGAGCCAUGGUGUCCAGUAACUCGGCCCUUCAGUAUGUCAACUACCCAACACAGGUGUUGGGGAAAUCCUGCAAGCCCAUACCAGUGAUGAUCCUCGGUGUGACAAUACUGAGGAAGAAGUACCCGCUGGCUAAGUAUCUGUGUGUGCUGCUUAUUGUGAGCGGCGUAGCGCUGUUCCUCUACAAACCCAACAAGAGCUCAGCUGUUGCAGAUGACCAUGUUUUUGGGUUUGGAGAGAUUCUGUUGCUUAUCUCUCUGACAUUGGACGGUUUGACUGGCGUGGCCCAGGACCACAUGAGGUCUCGCUUCCAGACUAGUGCCAACCACAUGAUGCUGAACAUCAACAUGUGGUCCACGCUGGUGCUGGGACUAGCGGUCUUGUCGACAGGGGAGGUAUGGGAGUUCCUCAGUUUUACCGAACGCCACCCGAGCAUCAUCUACAAUAUUCUUCUGUUUGGAGUGACCAGUGCUUUAGGACAGACCUUCAUCUUUAUGACGGUGGUGAACUUCGGGCCUCUGACCUGCUCCAUCGUCACCACCACGAGGAAGUUCUUCACCAUCCUCGGCUCCGUCCUUCUGUUUGGCAACGUCAUGACUACGAUGCAGUGGUUUGGUACUAUCCUGGUGUUCCUCGGUCUCGGAUUUGAUGCUAAAUUUGGCAAAACCCCAAAGAAGACGACGCACUAAAACACCUGGAGCACACGAUGGGAAAGAUUGCAAAUGGAAACACUCUAUAGCCAGUAUCUUAUUUUCAUAAGACGUCCUGUACAGGCAUGUUCUGUAUGUGCCUGUGAUUGGUUUAAGAAUGGUCAGAUUUUUAACUUAACUGUAUUUAAAAGAGAGUCCAGCUUCUGUUGUGUACUGUUGAUAGACACGAGAGACACGAGAGACACGUUUUACUCGGGAUCAAGUCCUGAAUGAACUGUGACGAGCCAUUAACAUCUUUAUUUUUUACCACUCUUUUGUGGUGGAUUUUGACUGGCUGAAAGACACAGGUGGAAAAUACUGUAUUUAGACAAAUCUUUAUGUUUCUGAAACCAGCUCACCUCCCUUGGAUGGACAUUGAAACCAAACAAGGCCUAAGACACAUUUCCAGCAUUAAUCUCAUGAACUUGCCACCAAAUAAGGCUCGGUUUACAAAUAGUUGCUUGAAUAUGUGUAAUUAUCACAUAUGUAGUUUAUUUUCCUUGGCAAACAAUCAGCCAGGUCUCAUCUCAUCUAUAAAAUAUAAACGGUUGUGUUGUGUCCAAUCUUACUAUUGAAUUGUUUUUACUUUUAUUUUCUACAAGUUGACAAUAACUUACCAUAAAAGGGAAAUUGUGAUAUUUCAUGGUGAUUUUCUUUUUAUUACACAGAAUUCACUUGAUUGGUUUCACAUCAGUCAGUUGAGAUACUCGUCUCUGAUUGGGUGCUGCUUGUUGGAAAUGGCUGUAAAAUAGCCAACAAACACUUAAUUAAAGCUAAAAGCAAAAGUCACUACCACCAGCAACAUA